AUGACUGAUGGAGACUAUGAUUAUCUGAUCAAACUGCUGGCCCUUGGAGACUCUGGGGUUGGAAAAACAACGUUCCUGUACAGAUACACCGAUAACAAAUUUAAUCCAAAAUUCAUCACGACAGUAGGGAUAGAUUUUCGGGAAAAACGAGUGGUAUACAACAGCAGAGGACCAAAUGGAUCUCCAGGAAAAGCCUUCAAGGUGCAUCUCCAGCUUUGGGACACAGCCGGACAGGAAAGAUUUCGAAGUCUCACCACAGCGUUUUUCAGAGAUGCUAUGGGCUUUUUACUAAUGUUUGAUCUCACCAGUCAACAGAGCUUCUUGAAUGUCAGAAAUUGGAUGAGUCAGCUGCAAGCCAAUGCGUAUUGUGAGAAUCCAGAUAUAGUCUUAAUUGGUAAUAAAGCUGACUUAUCAGACCAAAGGGAGGUGAACGAAAGGCAAGCAAAAGAUCUGGCAGACAAAUACGGCAUACCGUACUUCGAAACAAGUGCUGCUACCGGACAGAACGUGGAGAAGGCUGUCGACACGCUUCUGGACUUGAUAAUGAAGCGUAUGGAGCAGUGCGUGGACAAGACACAGGUCUCCGACACAGCCAACGGAGGAAGCUCAGGAAAGCUAGAUUCAGCAAAACCAGAGGAGAAAAAGUGUGCCUGCUAAACGUCACCUCUAAACUGUGAGAACCAAUGAAAAUAGUUCAUCAGAAUAUGGCUGA